UUAGGAAAACGUGGUCUCUCGUGGCAUUUAACAUAUAUGAUUCGAACUCAUCCACCGUCAUCACCGUUUUCAACACUCUUAUCGUCAUCGACAACAUCACCAACAUCUGAUCAACAAUUAUUUGAACAUAAAACAUAUUGUCAUGUCUUCGAUAAUUGUAAACAAGAUGGGAAAACAGUUGUUAGUAUUCUUCGGGAUGUUCUUCUUCGAUUAAUAUCAUCAAAUCCUGAAAUUGAAUUUCCAUACAUACGUGGUGCGUUAUUUACAUAA